AUGUCUGCAUUCUUUAUGCCUUCGAUAUCUUCGCUUGCCUGGUGGCGCAUCACCGCCUUAGUCUUUGCGCUUAUCAAUCUCAAAGCUCUACCGUUAGCAUGGCAUUUCCGGCUCCUCUACCGGAUGAUAAGCCAGUGGUACACCCUAGCCCGAGUUCAACGCACCUUGACAACACGAGCCUCUGCCUCCACAACGAACAAGACACAUCCUCUCUUCGAACCGGUCUCGAUAUUCUCGCGCGCCCCGUUUCUCGAGACGGACUACAACCUACACAAAAGCAACAGUACAUAUUUCUCAGAUCUGGACGAGAGUCGCACGGCACUCAUGACGAAAGUACUGAUCCCGGGGCUCAAGCGAGGCUCGAAGAAUCUAGAAAAGGAAGGCCACAAGGGUAGAUUGGGGGUGAUCCUCGGCAGCGUCCACACCUCGUUCCACCACGAGAUCAAGCCCUACGAACGCUACGAAGUCCGCUCGCGCGUCCUGACCUGGGACAGGAAGUGGAUUGUGGUGGGAAGCUGGUUCAUCCGGCCCGCUAGAAAGGGGAGAGAGGAGGUAGUCCUGGCGUCUGCACUCAGCAAGUACGUGAUUAAGAAGGGCAGGUUCACGGUCGCGCCGGAGCGCGGCUUCGCCAACGCUGGCUGGCUGCCUGAGAAACCGGAUGAUCACACGACAGGGGCGGGACAGAAAAGGGAGAGCUCCGACGACUCGGAGACAGCUCUCUCUGUUCCGACACCUGAGGGAAUCCCAGAACCUGUCCUGGAAGCGGCCGUUGAUGCCACGGCCGAAAUAGUUGAGAAACUUGAAGAUGCGGCGGAGAAGGUGUCGCGGACGCAACCCGCCGCCAAAUUCCCGGGACCUGUCGCGACUCGGACUCAAGUGGGCGAGUGGGACUGGCAUCGGAUUGAGAAGGAGCGCGUUCGUGGUUUGCGCGUGGCUGCGAACUGGCUGGCUCUGGAUAAAGAGCUGCUGGAUGAGUUCAUGCGCGAGUAG